AUGUCCAAUGCUGCGUCCAAAGCUUCCCCCGCCGUCCGCUUUGGCAUCAACACCAGACCUCACGAUGGUCGUAUCCUCUUGAUUGGUGACGCUCGUUCAUCUUUCGACUACUCCUUGAACGGAACCGUCGUCCCCGACAGGAUCGGCUGGUACUUCAAGCCCGACUCGUCCCAGGACUACAAGCUCGUUGAUGAUGCCGCAUUCAUCCUUCCAGGAGAUGGGGCUUCCGGCUUGCCCUCGACAUCAUACUUCUUGACAUAUGUCUCCCAGUUCAGCGUCCAGCUCAACCUGAGCGCUCUACGGGUGAAACCGGACUUGUCAGGCGACCUGAGCAAUUUUGCGAGACGUCAAGACGAUACGGGCGACGAGUCCCGCCUCCGCAAGAAAAUGAUGGUUCGAAUCUUCUGGACCGCAAACUCUGGAAGGACUGGCUAUUCUCAGUCAGGCCUCUUCACCGUUGCUCACUCCCGCGACCCACAGCUUGUGGACGAGGUCAGAGUGUGGAUGGACCAGCCUGAAGGCCAAAAUGGCACCGAGGGCACCAUAUCUGGAGACGCGUCAGUAGAGGGAGGCACUGGGGGGGUUACUUACGAUGGCGGCAAAGCUCAGGAGAGCCCAAACAACCAGCUAGCAUCAGGCUCUCGCGGCGGCGGCGGCGGCGGUCUUUCGACCGGUGCCAUCGCAGGCAUCGCCGUGGGAGUCAGCCUCGCCCUCAUCCUCCUCGUGGCCGGCCUGGCCUGGUUCCUGCUGCGUCGCCGCCAUCGGAAACAGCACGAGGCCGCCUGUGCUGCUCGGCGGCUAACUUCCAAGACGUCUGUGGAGGACAAGGAUAUGCAAGCGGCGCACGUCGCUGAUUCGCCUCGCUCACCCUACUUAGAUGGAGGGACGUCAACGCAAAAUCAGAGCUCGCCCGUUUCCCCGCUCGCGGGCGCCUCACAUAGCGAGGGAGACGAUGACCAAGCCGGGUUUACGCCGCACGAGGCCGAAGUCGCAGCUCUGCGCAGCUCGCACUCGAGCGCUGACGACCACGACGACCCUGCGCAGGCCACGCAGGGCGUAUCGAACACCGUUGCCCACCUGGUCGAAGAGGGCAUGACCGCAGAGGAGAUUCGCCGGCUCGAGGACGAGGAGCGGCAGCUGGAUGCCGAGAUUGAGCGCGCUGCCCGGCGAUAG